AUGCUGAGAGCCGAUUACAGGGAGUCCAUCGCCCAGGCGGUUUCCGGGAUCAGAGACAUGCCAUCAUUGGAGGAGCGGAGCAAGGCGGCCAUCGCGCAGGCCGUAGUGCUCAGGCUGCUGGCCGCCGCCGGGUGGGACGUCUUCGACCUCUCGCAGGUGAUGCCGGGAUACGUCACCGGAAACAGCAGCGUCGACUUCGCCCUGAUGCCGCCUGCGCCAGGCCGGCCCAGAGGAGCAGUCUCGCCCAGGGUGUUCAUUGACGUGAGGACGCCGGGCGAAAACAUCGAGAGUCCCCAGCUGGAGCGGCAACUGCUGGCCCACUGCGCCCGGGAGGAGGUAUCCCUGGCGGCGCUGACCAACGGGUUGCGCUGGCUGCUCUUCCUGUGGUCGCCCGGGGGCGGCCGGAUGGAAAGGCGCUUCUGUGAAAUCGACCUCAGGGGAGACCCGGAGGCCGCGGCGGAGGACGUCAACCGGUACCUGACCAAGGACAGGGUGUGCAACGGGCAGGCCGCCAGGUCGGCGGAAAGGGCGCUGCGGGACAGCAACCGGGAAACGGUGGGCAGGCGGGCCAUACUCCAAGGCUGGCGCCAGGUGGUCGGCGGUCUUGACGAGGGUCUGAUCGGACUGGUCGCCACCGCUGCAGAGCAGAGGGCCGGCCACCGUCCCGACGACCGGCUGGUCCGCCGGGUACUGGCGGAGAACCGCGCCGCGCUGCUGGCACCGGGCGCCGAAGGCGCCGCGGCGUCCGGCCCCGGGCGGCGGCCUCCGCUCGACACCGUCCUCCUUCACCCUGGAUUCUGA